GGAGCAAAGGUUCCCCUCUUCAAGCACAAAGACAUUGUACAAAGAGGAAAAGCUUGGGGAAAAGACAGUUUCAUGUGUGUAUUAGCCCUCAGAAGCCACAAGCUUGACCUGCAAGCAUGGUCACUGCCUCUUCCACAGCUCCAGGUAGAACCAUGGUGACCUGGCAGGACAUUUUCAAAGAGAAGCUUGCAGAAAUGCACGUAACACAGCAGUGGACACUUCAGGAGGAUGACACCCUGAAGGUGCAGGCCCUCAGACCUCACUGGAAGGAGUUUGUGCAGCGCCGUGCUCUUGGGAGGUUUCAGUGCUCCCAGUGCUGUUAUAAAUGGACGUCAGCCAAAGUGCUCAUCCUGUUCCACAUGUGCCAGUGCCCAGGUUGGGGCAUCGUACGGAUGCGAGUCUUUCACCAGGAAUGCAGGCGCUGCCCCAACCCCCAGCUGGAGCAUCCUGACUUCAGCGUGGAGACUGUGGAGAGGAUUCUGCACAAUCUGGUGGUAAAGAUCCUCCAGUAUUUCUACAACAAGCCUGUCCAGUCCUCCGACCUCCUGGAAGUUGCGGUGGAUAUACCAGUGAUGGGGCCGCACGACAGUGCCCACUGCGAGGCCUGCAGGAUCGGCAUCUGCAACAAGUCACGGCAGGCCCCAGCACUGGAUACCUGGAAGGCCUGGGAGGCCUUCAGGGAUGCCUGGAAGGCCUUGACGGAUGCAGACAAGGACAGGACCCAUCACACCAAGUCAAGACCAGCCCCGAAAUGUGUUGACAGGGAGUGCUUGUUAGAUGCAGAUGGGUCCCUGAAACGCCAGGGCUCAGAGCCCCACACAGGCUCGACCGACUGCCCCUCACUCUGCAGUGGCAACUUCCCCUGGAAACGCUUCUGCUGCAUUGGCAGCUCUUUGCUCUUUGUUUUGGCAAUGAUCAUCUUCUUUGUGGUUUAUUUCACCAGGAUGUAG